AUGUCAGACGGCAUCAACUUCGGAAGCCUCUGGAACACAGCCGACGUGCCAUUAGGCAGUCUCGUCCUCGACAUUGAGCAAGCACACGAAGACAGCUGGAAACCCACAGACCUAACCAAGGACAAAGACUACUCAGUAAAGCAGAACGCCAACAUCGUGCUCCGCGUGGACGCCUUCUCCGAGUCAUGGUUCCGCGUGCAGGUCCUAAGCUGGCUGAAAGCGGUGCUAAGCCGCGCCAAGUCUAGCCACCUGCGCGUGACGGCCGACUCGGGUUUCGUCUACCACCUCGCCGACCCGAAGCGCGUGCUGCGCGAUAUCUGCCGCGACACGAAGGCCAAGGAGUGGCUCGAAGACGCCGCUGGCAUCCGGUCCAUCUACAUGGUUACCGAGUUAUGGACGCUGGUUGACCCGAGGCUGGAGCACGCUGGGGGCAAGGGGAGUGUGUAUGCCGGCCAGGUGCCUGUGACAGACGGCACCACUAAGUAUGCCGGCGCAGGGGGGGGCCACAGGAGCGGGUCAAGCGAGGGGGAGAACCUGACGGCGCUGGGCGAGCGGAUUUACAAGAUCAAAUUUCGCAAGGUGAAGCUGCGCUUUGCUGUUGUGUCCGCCGCGGCUGAGAAGGAGCAGGCCGGUCAGGCGGAUGGUGAGGCGGACAGCGAGGAGACGGCAGCGGUGAAACCCACGAUGAAGAUGGGGGCUCGCUGGAAGUCACUGCUUGUGUCGCGGGGAGAGGGUGACGACCCGGAUGGGGAAGGGGAAGUCAUGGUCGAGGCGGACGUGGAGGACGAUGAUGAGGGGGAGGAGGUAGGAUGUGGUGGCGAGGACGCUGAGGAGAGCGAGGGGGAGUACGAAGAAGUAGAAGAGGAAGUUGAGGAGGAAGAAGAGGACGAGGAGGACGAGGAGGACAAUAUCAAACCGCGUGGCAAGACCGAGAAUUAG